AUGCACGGCCCGGACAUGACCGGCGUUCAGUUCUCGCUCAUCAGCGCGCUACGGACCGGCCACUUUGCCGUUGACCUCGCCAUCGCCCUGCUCGUUCCCAUCAUCAUUAAGUUCUUCUGCGUCGAUGCCGCCAGAAUGGCUAGGCUAGUCUUCGAGCACCUCUACGCUAGAGCCAGGCGCGACGACCGAUACUGUACGCGCACGAUUUCGUGUGUCAGCGUCGGCUCGAGCGUGGCUGGCCGAGAGCACAAGAACAACGUGCUCCAGAAGGCAAUCGCCCUGUAUCUCACAGAAGUCAACAAGGGCCGCGGCUUUGAGCGGCAGGCACAGGUGGCCCUCACCGCCGUCCUGGACAUGAGCAUCGGGAGCGGUCCCGUGGACCGCUUCGACCCGCUGUCAAAAUUUCGCCUCACGUGGCUGGCGCCCGAGAACACGUGGAGCGAGAUCGAGGAGGGCUUGUGGUUCCAGCAGCGGACCACCAAGGACGGAGGCGACAACGAGGAGGGAGACAAGGCGACUCGCGAGCGCCUCACCUAUGAGUUCCAGUGCAAGGUUGACGGCCCGGCAAAGAUUGACGGCUUUAUCGACCGUGCACUGGAGUGGUACAAGGCCGAGCUCCUUCGACUGAGGGAUGACGCCCGCUAUAUGUACAACCUCGUCAGCACCACCUUGCUGACCACUCCCGAAGGGAUGCCCGGCCGGCGCGGCGGCGUCGGCAGCGAGGCGGCGAACGGCUUCCGCUUCAAGAAGUACCGCCUCUCCGACCACAAGACCUUCGAGUCGCUCUUCUUGCCCGAAAAGGACGCCCUGCUCGGCCUGCUGGACGACUUCUCGGGCCAGACUGGCAAGUACGAGAUAGCGGGCUACCCGCACAAGCUGGGCCUGCUGCUGCACGGCCCGCCCGGCACCGGGAAGACCUCGCUCAUCAAGGCGCUCGCGCACCACACGCAGCGCUCCGUCAUCAACAUCCCGCUCUCGCGCCUCUCGACCAACCAGCAACUGAUGGACAUCAUGUUCGACCUGCGGCUGAGCGUGGUGGCGCAGGACAUGCCCGUCUCACUCACGUUCCGUGACGUGAUCUUUGUGAUCGAAGACGUCGACGCCGCGAGCAGCAUCGUCCAGAAGCGCCACGCGACGCUGGCCGCACCAGCAGCCGCAGGUGCGCCGGGGGAGACGAGCGGGCCCACCCCCGGGUCCUCGGCAGUCAGCGAGAGGUCCGGCGCGGCAGAGCUGAGGACGCUCUUCAACGACGAUCCAAUCAACCUCGCCGGGCUGUUGAACGUACUCGACGGCGUAGUGGAUACGCCUGGGCGCAUUCUCGUGAUGACGACCAACCACCCAGAGGCGCUGGAUCCGGCGCUUAUCCGGCCGGGUCGCAUCGACAAGCAAAUCUUGCUCGACUACAUCCAAGCCGACGCUGCCGCGGCGAUGCUGACACACUACUAUUCCGCCACGCAGCUUGCGGCCGCGCAGCGGGCAAGGCUCGGCGCGCUGUUAGGCGAGGCAGGCAUGAAGGCGCACGCGCCGGCGCGGGCUCUCAGGCUGACCCCCGCGGCGAUGGAGCAGCUAUGCGCCGAGCAUGCGACGGUCGAUGCGAUCCUCGACUGCCUAGCCGAGCGCGCGCUGAGCUUCGCCGCGAGCGAUCCGGUGACCGCUGCUGCGGGGAGUGACCGCGCCGACCCAACUCACGCGGGCGCGCCGACCGGUCGCCCGACCGGCGAUGGCGACGAGAGCUUCGCGACCGGAGCGGCAGCAAUUGUGCCGAGACGGGCGCAGUCGCACUGGGCUUGA